UAUAUAAAGGCGGUUGCAGCCUUGGUUGUGUGAGCGCCAUACGUACAAACAAACAUGAAAGUCUUGGUUCUUCUGGCUUUGCUCGGAGCAGUAUUUGCUGCCCCAGUGGAGGAGAGUGAUGAGAAGGUUGUCGGAGGGUAUGAGUGCCCUGCCCACUCCGUGCCCUACCAAGUGUCUCUGAACGCUGGCUACCACUUCUGCGGUGGCUCCCUGAUCUCCAGCCAGUGGGUGGUGUCUGCUGCCCACUGCCACAAGUCUCGUAUCCAGGUGCGUCUGGGUGAGCACAACAUCGAGCAGAACGAGGUCACUGAGCAGUGGAUCGACUCCGCCGAGCUAAUCAAGCACCCCAACUACGACAGUUACACCCUGGACAACGACAUCAUGCUGAUCAAGCUGAGCAAGCCUGCCACCCUCAACAGCUACGUCCAGACUGUGGCCCUGCCCUCCCGCUGUCCCCAGGCCGACGAGAACUGCCUGGUGUCCGGCUGGGGCAACACCAUCACCAAUGGAAGUAACUUUCCUACUAAACUCCAGUGCCUGAGGCAGCCCAUCAUCGAUCACAGAAUCUGCGCGAAUGCUUACCCCCAUCUGUUCACAGAGAACAUGGUAUGCUCCGGAUUCAUGCACGGAGGAGCCAGCAGCUGUCAGGGGGAUUCCGGUGGACCCCUAGUGUGUAAUGGUCAGCUCCAGGGUGUGGUGUCCUGGGGUUACGAGUGUGCCCAGGAGGGACACCCCAGUGUCUAUGCCCGCGUUUGCCAAUACAACAUCUGGAUCAGCGAUAUCAUGAGAAGCAACUAAACACACACACACACACACACACAGUG